AUGAAGCACCCAACACACAUCAUCGAUCCCAACGGGGACGUUAUCAUCAAACUCCUCGACCCAAAUGCUCCAUUUGCCGUAUGUGAAGAAUGGGACUAUGGAGAGGAUGAGGAAUUCCCCCCGUGGUUCGGAUCAAGACAGUGGCAUCCUUUGAAUAACGAACAAGCAGUCGACUCGCUCCUUGAUCUCACCCUCGCUGAUCAGGACACCCAGAAUGGAUCACCAAAGUCUGCAGCAUCAGAGACUCAUGUUGCCCAAUUGGCGGCAACCGGUCUAACGAGAGUGCCUACUCGACGACGACGGCCACGGAGAAUGAGCGAAGGCGAAUGUAUUUUAACUGAAUAUGCACGCAAACCUGCAUUCAACGAUGAAUACACCUACCAAGUCUCAUCGCGACAUCUCAUACUUGCGUCUCCAUUCUUCCGCGCAGCACUGACAGGAGGGUGGAAGGAGACCCGCACCCUAGGCACAGACGGCUCUGUGACAUUCACCGUCUAUGACUGGGAUGACCAGGCGCUCUUGAUUUUUCUGAACAUUGUCCACGGACGGCACCGCGAUUUGCCCUGGAAAGUAGGGUUAGAGCUCUUGGCGAAGAUCACCGUCAUCGCCGACUAUUAUCAAUGUAUAGACGCCAUUCAAUUCAUGGCGCUGUCUUGGCUCAACGGCUAUGGAGCAAUUGGAUCAGCGGAUGGAUUCAUUGGCAUUGCCCAUUCCAAAGAGGAUUCUAGGUGA